AAACUAAGAUUUAUCGGAAGUCCUUACAGCAUGAACAAUGCCUCUGAUCAUGCGAGGGGAAACAGACUACACGUCUCUAUACACCAAGAUCGGUGAUCUUCCAUCCAGGAUAUAUUCACUGCCUGGUUUUCUCUUAACUUUUUGACUAGAGAAUUAAGCUCGCGAAACGUACAUUGAUCCUAUUAAUAUCACAGUCCCAACGCUUCCGAAUCACCUUUCAAGAUUAUUAAUAAUGGAAGAAGAAACACCUCGGAUCAGAGGCAACUCUGACAAAUUUCAAGUGAAGUCUGUAGAAAUGGUGAAUCGUACCUUGAGUGAUCCUACCCAACAGUCAAACACCGAAGGAUUAUCAGUACCUCAUCCUCAAAGACGUUCUAUAUCUCCAAAUAUAAGAACUUAUUUAGAAAACCAAUUAGUCAAAUUUCGUGAGGCUCAGCAACAUGUGAAAUAUACAGAAGAGGAACCUUUUGAGGCUUUACACCUACCCAAGCCGUCAUAUGGAAUGUACGCCUCGCAACAUAAAUCCUUUCAAUCGAUGCGCGAGACAGUGAUUUCGAUGCCAUUAACUCUUAGCGAUAGUAUGAGUGAAAGAGAAAAAGAGUAUGAUACUAAACUUAGUGAAAGGAAUCGAAUUCGAGAAAUAAAAGAUCCAGCGCAUUGGAUCUUUGAUACACCAUCACGAGUCACCUCACCAGAUUCAACUGAACAAUUAAAUGAAUUUCAAGAUGGGUCUAGCUUAGGACGUGGACUUCAUGAAACGAAUUAUGAUGAUAAUGGAUCAUCAUUCAAAAAACAUCAUAAAAGGAAUUCAACUUUCUCAACAGUUUGGGAUGAAAUCGAACCAGUUGAAUCUUGUGAUAGUUCUAUUAAUCCAGUUUGUGUUACUGUACCUAAACUCAAACAAGAUUCAAGAGAAAAUUUAACUUCUUAUCCUUUAACAAAAGUACUUAGAAAAGAUUUAGAAGAUGGUAUUUUGAGUUUACUUGAUUUAUCACAAUUUGAAAAUUUCUUAAUGAAUCAUGAAGCCAGAAAUACUUUUAGGAAAUGGUUAAUUGAAACUCAUCAAGUUAAUCAUGAUUCAGGCAAUGAAUCAAGUCCUUUACCACCUCAAGUGAUCAAGUUAGAUCAAUAUGUAGAUGAAACAAUUGCUUGUGAAUUAUCGAAUAAACUUCGGUUUCAUUCGAAAGCUCUCUUAGAUAUUUAUUAUCGAGAUCAUGAAAACAUAAAAUCAACUGCUAGACCAAGAGCUUUAAACAAAAAAUCUUUUGUUGAUGCAUCUGAAUUAGCUAAUACAAGAGAUAGGUUUGGACCUAGUAGAAGUUGGUUACUACAAUCUCUCUAUGAUCAAGAUUUCAAGGUCUUCAUUACAAACAAACUGGUCAACUUGGUGAAGUUGAAAUUAGGUAGCGGUCUAGCAGAAGAAGAUUAUAGUGGUCUAGGUGAUAGUUUUGUUUUAUCUAACCCGCGAUUCAGAGAUAAUCCAGUCGUGAUUGUAUCUCCCGGAUUUGCUGCUGUCACAGGAUACGAUAGCAAGGGCAUCAUUGGACGGAAUUGUCGGUUCUUGCAAGGUCCAAAAACAAACCCUAAUUCAAUUGAACGUUUACGAAAGGGCUUACAAGCUGGAGAGCCAUGUGUCGAGCUUUUAUUAAAUUAUCGUAGUGAUGGAACUCCAUUUCAGUGUUUACUCACUAUCCUUCCACUUUUCGAUCAAAAAGGCGGAUUAACUUACUAUAUUGGAGGACAAGUGAACGUCACAGGUGCGCUCAAGGCAUUUGGAGAUCUUGCUUCUGUUGUCAGACCGCCUGCAGAUCAAUCACAACCGAAAAUCCAAACUUUGACAAUUUCAAACCCAUCACCUACGAUGAACAAACACAUUCAAGGAUUUCAAACCAAUGAAGAAAUACCUAAUCCAUCAAAUUGUCCAGGUAGUGAAACCAACACACUUUGUCCAAACCGAUCAAGACAUCAUACUGGAGAUUCAAAUUCAUCACAUCAUACUGGAAAACUUGCUAAAUUGAAUUGGUUAACUUCUAUUGUCAAACGUGAAAAAGAAGUCUUGGAUUUAGAGUUUCAAGGGUAUUCGAAAUUUGCUACUCCUUGUGAAACUUUAGAAAAUAACAUUUCUUCUUUUCAAUCAGCAUAUUCAAAACUUUUAUUAUUUAGAAAGAAUUCAAGAACAAUUGUAUUUGUAACAUCAGAUGCAUUAAAAUUCCUAGGUUUACCAACCGACACUUUUCAUGAUACAUAUUCAUCUGCAUUAAUCCAUACAGAUUUUUUUGAUAUCGUCGAUAUGGGUACUCAUCGAAAGACGAAGAAUUUAAAAACUUCAUUAAAAAAAGUCAUUCUAGAUAAUCUUGCGGCUUCUGUGAAAUGUAGACUCGCUUGGUCUCAUACACCUUCCUCGGAUCACCAUGGAGCGCUAGCCAGGUUAAAGAAAGCCACUGUAGCUAAAGACUGUGUUGUUCAUUUAUCCCCAUUAGUUGAUUGUUCAUCAAGUUGUACUUCAUAUAUAGCAGUUAUUGGUUGAAUUCGAAAUCCAUUCGAUGAAAAAAUAUACUCCAAUCAAGGUCUGAAAGUGUUUGAAUGGAUGAUGAGACGGAAAAUUUUCUUUGAUUUUGUGUUUCAUAUGUUGUACAAUAGAUAUUUAAUUUUAAAAAUGAUUGAUUCAGACUUUGAUAAGAGAAGGCACCAUUAUGAGGAAUCACAUUUAUCAUCAAAAGUGUUUUUUUGUGUAGAUUUGAGUAUCUUUGAAUGUAAGAUUAGCUAAGAAAAGCAACAAGUUGACUGAAUGUCAGAGUUGAUCAUCU